AUGCUAUCUAAUCUUCACGAUGACAUGAUCCACGAUUGUGCUCUGGACUACUACGGCAAGCGUUUAGCUACUUGCUCCUCCGACAAAACCAUCAAGAUAUUCGAGAUCACCGGCGAUAAUCACCGUCUGCUUGAGACUCUCCGCGGUCACGAAGGUCCUGUCUGGCAAGUCUCCUGGGCGCAUCCCAAGUUCGGCAACAUUCUCGCUUCCGCAUCUUACGAUGGUAAAGUGAUGAUUUGGCAAGAGCGUCAAGGAGUUUGGCAGAAGAUUUUUGAGCACGCCAACCACCACGCCUCCGUAAAUUCCGUCCAGUGGGCCCCCCACGAAGCUGGUGCAGUCCUCGCAUGCGCCUCAUCUGACGGAAAGGUCUCUGUCCUCGAAUUCAAAGACGAUGCGUCAUGGGAUACCAAGCUCUUUAGUGCACAUGUGAUCGGCUGCAACGCUGUUUCUUGGGCACCAACCACGCUCCCGGGCAGUGUAGUACAAUCCAACCCUGCUCCUACCGCCCAGCGUAGAUUCGUCACUGGUGGGAGUGAUAACCUUGUCAAGAUCUGGAGUUACAAUCCCGAUGUUGGAAAUUAUGUCGAAGAGUGUACUCUUGAGGGCCACACAGACUGGGUCCGCGAUGUAGCGUGGGCUCCAUCGAUCUUGCAAAAGUCCUACAUCGCUACCGCAUCCCAAGACAAAACAGUCAUCAUCUGGACAUCCGAGAACGGAAACACAUGGACAAAGAAGGUUAUUCCUUUUGAGACUGUGUUGUGGCGCGUCUCUUGGAGUUUGAGCGGAAACGUUCUAGCCGUCAGUGGCGGUGACAACAAGGUCACACUCUGGAAAGAAACCCUCAAGGGCGAGUGGGAAAAGGUUGAAAGUGUAGAGGAGUAA